AUGCUGAGAGUCAAGGGAGUGUCUUCAGCCCCAGAAAGGGGGUGCUGCGCCAUUGCCUGCCUCCCCCAGCAGCAGAAGAAAGUCAUGCCUGUGAUGAGCUCUGCAGACUUGGUGACUUCCAGCCUCAGCAGCCCCCAGAUGCACUCCAUCCCGGCCAGCUAUUUCACGCAGCUGUACCCUCCGAGUGUGGCCGCUGCCCCCGCAUCCAGGGGCAGCUGUCUCUACGCUACCCCUCAUGGACCUGAAAUCAAAACCAUCCGAUCCGCCUCUGCAGGAAGGCUGCCGGCCAAAAGGAAGCUGGAUCUGGAAGGGACCGGCCAGCCGGGCAUCCCAGAAUUCCGGACACCCAAGGGGAAGGGCAGGACGGUCACUCGAAUCCCCAGCCCCAAAACCCCCAAGUCGCCCGGGGAGAAGACGCGGUACGACACCUCCCUGGGACUGCUGACCAAGAAGUUCAUCCACCUGCUGAGCGAGUCGGAGGACGGGGUGCUGGACCUGAACCGGGCGGCCGAGGUGCUGGAGGUGCAGAAGCGCCGGAUCUACGACAUCACCAACGUGCUGGAGGGGAUUCAGCUCAUCCGGAAGAAAUCUAAGAACAACAUCCAGUGGAUGGGCACAGGAAUUUUCGAGGAUACCUCUGUGACGGUGAAGCAGCAGUCCCUGCGCCAAGAGCUGGCAGAGCUGGCCAAGACCGAGAGAACGUUGGAUGAGCGCAUCCAGGACUGCACCCUCCAGCUGAAGCACCUGACAGAGGACGAGACUAACCAGAGAUUAGCAUAUGUCACCUACCAGGACAUCCGCGCCAUCAGCAACUUCCAGGAGCAGACGGUGAUAGCGGUCAAGGCCCCCCCGGAAACCAAGCUGGAGGUGCCGGACUUCAAUGAGGAGAGCGUUCAGCUCCACCUGAAGAGCACCAAUGGCCCCAUCGCGGUGUACCUGUGCCCCGAGGAGAUCCUGGAGUUCAGCCCUGGCAAGGAGAGCAGCUUCCCCACCCCCUCCCUCCAGGACAGCAGCGAUGGCACCGACCCCUCCCCCGGGAAAGCCGAGCCCCUGAUGGAGGUGGAGGACGGGCUCCUGGACAUGCCCCAUCACCUGCUGCAGCAGACAGAGGACCAGCUGCCCUACGGCGACCCCGCCCCCUUCGUCAGCUUCUCCCCGCCCCUCGAUCAGGACGACUACCUGUGGGGGCUGGAGGGGGGCGAGGGAGUGAGCGACCUCUUUGAGGCCUAUGACCUUGGUGACCUGCUGAAGAACUGA